CGGACGAGGCUUGCAGCGCUCAUUACCACCAAGCGCCAGUCCGCUAAGGCGGGGAAAAUGAAGAACGAAAUUGCUGCUGUAGUCUUCUUUUUCACAAGACUAGUUCGAAAACAUGAUAAAUUGAAAAAAGAAGCGGUCGAGAGGUUUGCUGAGAAACUGACCCUAAUACUUCAAGAAAAAUAUAAAAAUCACUGGUAUCUGGAAAAACCAUCAAAAGGACAAGCCUACAGAUGCAUUCGUGUCAAUAAGUUUCAGAGGGUUGAUCCUGAUGUCCUGAAAGCCUGUGAGAACAGCUGCAUCUUGUACAGUGACCUAGGCUUGCCAAAGGAACUAACUCUCUGGGUGGACCCAUGUGAGGUGUGCUGUAGGUAUGGAGAGAAAAAUAAUGCAUUUAUUGUUGCCAGCUUUGAAAAUGAGGAUGAGAACAAGGAUGAGAUUUCCAAGAAAGUUACCAGGGCCCUUGAUAAGGUUACCUCUGAUUAUCAUUCAGGAUCCUCUUCUUCAGAUGAAGAAACAUGUAAGGAAGUGGAAGUGAAACCGAAUUCUGUGGCUGCGACCCCCAGCCCUGUAUACCAGAUUUCAGAAUUGAUAUUCCCACCUCUUCCAAUGUGGCACCCAUUGCCCAGAAAAAAGCCAAUGAUGUAUUGAGGGAAUGGCAAUCAAAGUCACUACCCUCCUCCCAUUCCAUUUGGUUAUCCAAAUCAGGGACGGAAGAAUAAACCAUAUUGCCCAAUUCCAGUAACAUGGGUACCUCCUCCUGGAAUGCAUUGUGACCGCAAUCACUGGAUUAAUCCUCACAUGUUAGCACCUCACUAGCUGCUUUUGUCUGUUGGUGUCAUGUUGAGAGAAGGUAGAAUAAGCCUGACUACAUAUUAAAAGUUCAUACU